UAACAGAAACGAAAGCGCGCACGAUUCUUGCAUCCUCGUAACAUCACGCUGCCGCCAUUCCCUAGCCCUUCUCAGCCUGUUCUGCUGCUGUGUCCUGCCGUCACUUCCCUGUAGAGCAAGCCUAGAAUUUUUUUCCCCUGUGCCACUGCCAAUGCACCAUUGGUCAUGACAUGUAUGCCUAGCUAUCCACUGCAUUUGCGACACCAUGCAAAAAGACCAAACAAAAGGGUCUCCUACUGCCACCACCAGGUGCCCCUUUUGUUGAGGAGCAGACACCUGGCCAAGCUCGAGCUGUGCUUUUCACUCAGCUAAUGGAUCUGGCUUAUCCAAUGGGGAUCUUCUCAUGUGCUUUUCUGUUGGUAGUUUUGUGACACUGAACUGAGGAAAACGUGGUGGCAGUUCCUGUGGUGGACCAGGAUCAGGAUCGUCCCUGUACCCAUGUUAGCCUUCUGGCUCUGGCCAAGGCCAACUACCUGACAUUUCCAAUCAGGGCGGAGUCUGCCUCUGCACAUGGUCGAGGCAUGGGAACAGGUCCGGAAGGUUCAGGGAUUUAGGUGGAGAUUCUGCCGGUUUGGAUGGCCACCCGAGAGUGGUAGCGUGCAAACAGAUCCACGAGGUUCAGCGGCAGGAGGAGGCCUUAAUACUUGUUUGUUAUCCCGCCGGGCCGAGCAAAAUCUAGCUAUGGGUCGUCAUGAAGUCGCGGCCACGUGUGGUUGCGGGGCCACAGCCGCACCGCCAGCCAGCUGCCGCAGCUGUUAUUACUUCCCGAGCAAGAGGAAAGACGGCGGCGCAGACUACAGAGAGAGCGCAACGCGCGGCGGCGGCGCGGCGCGGCGGGCCUGCCAGAACCCGUCGCCGGCGGCAAUGGAACGGCACCAGAUCCAGGAGAAGACAUGGCCAGGACGGGUCGCUGCCAGCCAGCCAGCCAGCCAGUUCUGCUAGCACCAGCAGCACUCCAGCUUAGCCUCUGAACGAGGUCAGCGUCCGUCUACUGUUCCCGUGUUAUCAGCCGGCGAUCUGGAGGGCCACGGCGAUAGCGCCCCAACAGUUCGUCUUCUGGUACGAGCACGAGCACGACCGGUGUCUCUGCUGCCCGAUCACUGCUUGGCAUAGUGCUCCGUUCUGAACAUCUUUACAGGAGGAGGGAACAGACUCACUCACUGACUAACCGGCAACCUGAACCUGACUGCAGCCACGCACAAUCAUCCAGGACAAACAGCUGCGAGUUCCUUUCAGAAAAAAAAGCUGCGAGUUCUUCUGCCUGCAGGCUGCAGCGCCUUUCUGCAUUCUGGCUGCAGGCUUCCACUGACAUCGGGUCCUUGGAUCCCAAACCCUUUGACCAUCAGGUCCGCCACCGCUCUGCCACUCUGUUCCUCCCCCUGUUGCAUCACCGUCGGCGUGACGGUGUCCGUCACCAACCCUCUCCCAAACAAAGGCCGCGAGAGCACCCACUCACACUCCACCACCGCCGUCUCGGUCUCGUCCCCCAUAUUCAAAGCACACCACGUUCUUCACCUCCUCCUCCACCGCCGCCGUCGUUGUUGUCGCGGCGACGGGGUUGGCAUUUGGCGCGGGCGCGAGAAUGGACGCUGCUCCUGCGCCCCCGCCCCCGCCGCCGGAUGCAGGCCCGUCGGUGGCGAGCGCCAUCGAGCGGAAGCUGAGCCCGGGGGUGGUGCUCCUCGUCGCGAUCCUCGCGAUGGUCUUCUUCAUCAUCGGCCUGCUCAACCUGCUGGUGCAGAACCUCCUGCGCCUGCGGCGGGCGCGCCGGGUCCGCGACGCGGCGGCGGGCGGCGGGGUCGGCGACGGCAGCCCCACGGCGUUCCAGGGCCAGCUCCAGCAGCUGUUCCACCUCCACGACGCGGGCGUCGACCAGGCCUUCAUCGACGCGCUGCCCGUCUUCGCCUACGGCGCCGUGGCCGGCCGCCGCGAGGGAAAGGACCCGUUCGACUGCGCGGUGUGCCUCUGCGAGUUCGCCGCGGACGACAAGCUCCGGCUGCUGCCGACGUGCGGGCACGCGUUCCACGUGCCCUGUAUCGACGCCUGGCUGCUUGCGCACUCCACAUGCCCGCUCUGCCGGGGCAGCAUCCUCGCCGAGGCCGAGUACUCGCCGGGGGGCAGCCCGUCAUUCCUCGUGCUCGAGUCCGAGGGCCUUCACGAGACGGCCUCCAGAGGCGGCGGCGAUCCGGGAGAUCGAGACAGCGAGGAGGCACCGAAGGAUGCAGAGGAGAUCGUCGAGGUGAAGCUUGGCAAGCUAAGGUGCGUCGACGGCAAUGUCAGUGCCAGGGAAUUCGCCGUCGAUGGCACAGGUAGCAGCAAUGGCAAUGGCAGGGGAAGUCUCGGACAGAGGAGGUGCCUGUCCAUGGGAUCCUACGAGUACGUCAUGGACGAGCACGCCGCGCUCCGCGUCUCCAUCAAGGCGACGCCCAAGAGGGUGCCCGGGAGCUCGAGGUCGCGCCGCCGCCACGCGUUGUCGGCGUCGGAUUUCGGGGGCUCCAAGAAGGGUGCCUGGGAGACGGCGGUGACGGAGGCCGCCGCCGGGCGCUGCGGUGACGGCACUGCGAGCCUGAACAGGGAUAGCUUCUCCACGUCCAAGAUCUGGAUGGUGCCAGCCGCCAAGAGAGAGGAAGACGGCCGCCGGACAGCUGAAUCGGCCGGGGAGAGGCGCGCGGCGUCGUUCCGGUGGCCGGCGAUGUCUGCCGGCUGCAAGAAGCACCGCGGGGGCGGUGGCGGGGUCGAGGCGAGCUUGGACGUGGAGGCGGCAGGAGGCCGUGGCGACAAUGGCGCGCCGGCUCCCGCGGAGGACCGGACGUCGCUGGCGAGGGCGGCAACGCUCUGGGUUGCCGGAAGGAGGCAGGGAAGCCAUUCGUGAUCUGCAUUUGGUUGGCACGUUGGUUGAACACACACUAUAUUGUCCUUUUCUCCAUUGAUUUCUUCUCUCCUUUCGUUUUGUUUCUUAGAUUUAUUGUAGUGAUUGCAAAGCAAGAAAAGAAACUGUAAAGAGGAAAAUGUGUUGCAGGAAUUGCAUUCGUUUGAUUUUGCCAGCUACAAACUGAUGGGUUUGCUUUAGAAGUU